CAUUACAAACUUCAUCAUCGUGCAAGCUUAAUUUUAAAACACAUCGGGAAAAUGUCAGCGUCACUGUCCUUCGCCUGCCUCCCAAACACCAUUCCCACAUCACCUUCACUUAGCAAUCCCAACAAUCCUCAGCCAAAGUCUAUUGCCAUUUCCAGGCCACGUCUCCACGUCAAUCGUGCCCAAUUAUCAACAGUUAUUCAUCCUGUCCAGGAAUCGAAAGCUGACAGGUGGCUACAUGAAAUUGAACUCAGUGUACGGGACUACGAGAUCGAUCAGUUCGGGGUUGUUAACAAUGCAGUUUAUGCUAAUUACUGCCAACAUGCGCGUCAUGAAAUGAUGAGAGAAUGUAGCAGCGCAGAUCCGAAUGUGAUUUCCGGCAGUGGGUACUCAUUGGCUACAACAGAGUUAUCAUUUAAAUUUAUUGCGGCUUUGAGGGGUGGAGACAGAUUUUUGGUGAAGAACAGGAUACCUGGUUGGUCCAAGACUCGAUUAUUCAUUGUGCAAUCCAUCGUCAAGCUUCCAAAUAAAGAGCCAAUUCUGGAGGCGAGAGCUACCACAGUUUGGCUUGAUAAGAAUUAUCGCCCAAUGCGUAUUCCUCCUGAGAUGCUGGCUGAGAUCAGUGAGUUGUGUUACCCCAGAUCCAAUUGAUCCAUCACCACCACUUACUCUCCUGUCAUUCCUUAAAUUCACAGAUUAAAUAAAUGUACCAACUCAUGUGGUCUAUGAAGUUUAUAUGAGAUGCAAAAUAAUGUUGUAAGGAAUAAAUUGUAGUCUUUGCAGUUCGAAGAAAUCAAGAAAAUGUAUUAUGGGUUAAUUAUAUGCUUUUUGUUGUUCA